CGACAGGAUUUGGGAGUACCGUCUCGCUGCUACUGCCGUGGCGCUGUUGCCGCCGCUGAGGUUUUCGACCAAAGAAGCCGCCGAUGGAGCGAGCCGGAGAAAACUCUUCCCGCCACAGCACCCGAUCCUCUUCGUCUCCUAUGUCGGUGGACCAAUUCGUGUCGCUCAUGGCCCCUCUGAUCGAUCUGGAGAAGGAAGCUGAAAUAACAGCAUCUAUUGGUUCAGCUUCAUCAAAGAGCCUGGAGGUUGCUCAAAAGAAAGGCUCCGUUCUUCUUAAUCUUAAAUGCACGGAUGCUCAGACAGGGUUGAUGGGCAAAGUACUUCUUGAAUUCCAAUCUAACAAGGGGGACCUGCUUCCUGCUCACAAGUUCUCAAAUCAUGAUGUAGUUAUUGUGAAACCAAAUAAGGCUGAUUCGAGUUCUCCUCUACUUGGUCAAGGUGUGGUUUAUCGCCUUAAGGAUUCUUCCAUCAUUGUUGCUUUCGAUGAUAUUCCUGAAGAUGGAUUAAAUGGCCCUUUGCGUCUUGAGAAGGUUGCAAAUGAGGUAACCUAUCGCAGUAUGAAGAAUGCAUUAAUUCAACUUGGCAAGGGCAUACAGAGGGGACCAGCUGAAGACCUGGUUCCUGUAUUGUUUGGUGAGAAACCGCCAGUUGUUUCAAAGAAAGCCACUCAAUUCAGUCCCUUUAACAAGAAUCUUGAUCAUUCACAGAGAGAUGCUGUCUUGAAAUCUCUUUCCUGCAAGGAUGUAUUUUUGCUUCAUGGGCCCCCAGGAACAGGGAAAACAACAACUGUGAUUGAGAUUAUAUUACAAGAAGUCAAACGUGGAUCUAAAAUUCUUGCAUGCGCUGCUUCCAAUAUUGCUGUUGAUAACAUAGUUGAACGCCUUUUUCCAUUCAGGGUAAAGUUGGUGAGAUUGGGACAUCCUGCUCGCUUGUUACCUCAAGUUUUGGAAAGUGCACUUGAUGCACAGGUUCUGCGAGGUGAUAAUAGUGCCUUGGCAAAUGAUAUUCGCAAGGAAAUGAAGGUGUUGAGUGGGAAGCUGCUAAAAGCUAAAGAUAGAAAUACCAAAAGAGACAUCAGGAAAGAGCUUAGAACCCUUGCCAAAGAAGAGAGGAAGAGACAGCAGCUGGCAGUCACAGAUGUUAUUAAACGGGCAGAUGUAGUUUUGACAACUUUGACUGGUGCAUUUUCUCGCAAACUUGAGGGCAGUGCGUUUGACUUGGUUAUAAUUGAUGAAGCUGCUCAGGCACUUGAAGUAGCAUGUUGGAUAGCAUUGCUCAAGGGACCAAGGUGUGUGCUUGCAGGAGACCAUCUUCAGCUUCCCCCUACAAUCCAAAGUGUAGAAGCAGAGAGGAAGGGAUUAGGGAAAACCCUCUUUGAACGUUUAGCAGGCUUGUACGGGGAGGAAGUCAUGUCUAUGCUCACGGUCCAAUACCGAAUGCAUGAGCUUAUUAUGAACUGGUCAUCUAAAGAAUUCUACGAUAAUAAGGUGAAAGCCCACUCUAGUGUAGCUGCACAUAUGCUCCAUGAUGUUGAAGGUGUGAAGAGUUCAUCAUCAACAACACCGACCCUUCUUCUUAUAGAUACAGCAGGGUGUGACAUGGAUGAGAAGAAAGACGAAGAAGAAAGCACUAUGAAUGAGGGAGAGGCUGCAGUUACUAUAGCUCAUGCAAAGCAGCUUAUUGAAUAUGGUGUUCAGGCACCUGAUAUUGGAAUAAUCACUCCGUAUGCUGCACAGGUGACCUAUCUUAAAAUGAUGAGGAGCAAAGAAAACAUAUUGAAGGAUGUAGAAAUUUCAACAGUCGAUGGGUUCCAAGGCCGGGAGAAAGAAGCCAUUGUCAUUUCAAUGGUUCGAUCUAAUUCAAAAAAGGAGGUUGGAUUUUUGAGCGACCACAGGCGAAUGAACGUUGCAGUGACACGCGCCAGAAGACAGUGUUGUCUUGUAUGCGACACCGAUACCGUUAGUCAUGACAACUUCUUGAAGCGCCUAAUUGAAUACUUCGAAGAACAUGGGGAGUACUCAAGUGCAUCCGAGUACGUGAGUUGAAUCUGAAAAAAAAAUCUGCAUGAUUGUUUUCUGUGCAUGUUCAGAAAUAUCUUAAUUUUUUAUGUAGGUAUAGGACAGAAAACAGUUUAUUCCUAUAUUGUUUUCUUUCUUUGAUUGUCAUAAACAAAUGUAAAAAAUAUCUAUGAUAUCGGGUCAUUGCCUGAUCUUAAGAACA